CGCCGCCAUAUUGGACAAGGAUACCAGUGACGAACUGAUACCAUUUACAGAUUUUGGCAUCGUUUUGAUAGCCGUACCAGUAGCUAGUGCUGGUUACUUUACUCUAGACCAGCAUGGCUGAUCAGCAGAGAAGUCGUGUGUUCCAUUUAGCUCAAGUUAAAGAUGGAGAAGAUGAUGAAGAACAACAAAAUAAUAUGUUCCAGCUAGCUCAGGUGAAAGAAGGUGGUGAUGGAGAAGAAUUAACAAACGUCUUGGUAAUCAUCACACAGAAUGGUGUAACCCCUCUCAAUCUGAAUACAAACUCCGGCCAACAGAUUGUAGUUGUCAAUCAAGGUGAUAAAGCCACACCCACUGUGGUUCUGAAUCAAAAUGAAAAAGCAUUAACACCUAGUAAAGCCAAAGUUGAGCCACAGUUUGAAACAGAUGAUAAAAAUCCUGUAGUUUUUAAAUAUGGAGAUUCCCCUGUCUAUCAAGAUGUCAGUGUCCAAACAACAGAAAUGAAAAAAUACAGCCGUGCACUUCCAAACAAGAAAUUUAAAUGUUUGAUUUGUGGAAAAGAAUUGGCAAAUUCGUCCAUUCUUAAACGUCACAUAAGAAUACACACAGGCGUGAGACCAUAUGAGUGUUCGUUAUGCCAUAAAAGAUUCACACAGAGUAAUGAUUUGACAGCUCAUAUGAGAUCCCACACUGGGUCAAGGCCAUUUAAAUGUGAGGUAUGUGGCAAGGGGUUCACACAACGACAAAAUGUUAAAAAACACAUGCUGACGCAUACUGGAGAAAAGAACUAUGAAUGUGAACAUUGUGGGAAAAGGUUCGGCAGAAAACAUCACAUGGAAGAACAUUCCCGGAUACAUACAGAAUCAGAUAUACGUUGUCAAAUAUGUCAGAAAGGUUUUACCGCUAACGGGCAUCUUAAAAGACACAUGAGAAAAUAUCACUAUGAAGGAGAUGAGCACCUCAAAGAUGACAUCAUGAAAAUUGUACAGCAUGAACAAUCGGAACAGGACAUUGAAAAUGAAAUUCCUGUCGUCAACUUUGUAUCUACUCAAGACGAUUCUGUAGAGACGGCUACAAUUGAAAUUGCCAGCAUCGAACCAGACCCAGCACCUCAGGUUCUCACAAUUGGUCAGUUAGGGUUAGACAAACCUGUGGACGAUGUACCAGAAAUUCUAUAUAGGUGUGAUUUAUGUGAGAAACAGUUUAAGGAUUUGUCCUUUCUGGAACGUCAUCUACGUUUGCAUCUUGACGGAAAACUACAUAACUGUAACAUUUGUCAUAAAGUUUUUAAUUAUAAAGGCUUACUGAAGAGACACAUGGUUGUUCACACUAAAGAGAAACCAUGGGAGUGUAAGCAGUGUAAUAAAAAGUUUACACAAAGUAACGAUCUAAAGAUACACAUGAGACUUCACACUGGUAUUAAACCAUUCAAAUGUGAAUUCUGUCACAUGGGAUUUAAUCAGAAACAACAACUGAAAAAUCACAGACGAAAGCAUACAGGAGAAAGACCUUAUGGAUGUGAAAAAUGUGACAAACGAUUUAGUCGAAGGGAUCAUGCUAAAGCUCACGUGAAAACACAUAAUAACGAUCACCUUCGAUGUCAAAUUUGUGCAUUUACAGCUAGAAAUAUUCUAAGUUUGCAGAAACAUCUUUUGAAGCAUGAGGGUGUUGAAAAGCUCUUAAAACCAAAAGAUGAGUCAAAUGUAGUUCGUUUGAGAUGUAGGUUUUGUACGAAAACUUACAGGGAUCCAUUUAGACUUCAGAAGCAUGAAAAACAACAUGAGAAUUCACGGCUCUAUAAUUGUAACAUUUGUAAGCAGACGUAUUUUAGAAUCGAUACGUUUGAGAAACAUUGUAAAAUUCAUGAAAAAGACGGAUUGAAAGCCAUGGCAGUGCAAAAUGAAACCAUCAAGGAAGAUGCAGAGGAAUAUGUGGGUACAAUGAUUAAAAUUGAAGUUGAUGAUACUGAAGAGGACUACGAAGACGAGAACAAUGUUUCCAAUGAAAUGGAAAAAGAUACUGAUCCAUUAACUACAGUCGAAGUAACACCAGAAAAUACUUCGACAGACAGUUCUAAAGAUUUUGAAAAACAGUCUGUUUUAGAAGUUGGUAUGAUGGAUUUAGACAGAGAAAAUGAGAAAGACCAGAACACGGUAGAAGAAGAUGAAGUUGCAGCCACUCAGAAAAAUACUCUUUAUUGUUGUAGUCAUUGUGGGAAAAUGUUACCGUGGAAUGCUGACUUAGUAAAACACAUGGAAAUGCAUCUUCCUGACAAACCUGAUGAACGGCCAACAGAUGUCACUAAGACGGGAAUAGUACAAACCACUAAUGAUGGUAGAUAUUUAUGUAGCAUCUGUGGACGACAUUUUACCAACCUGAUAGCAUUACAGAGUCAUAUUAAAAACAUACACAACAUGGAUAUUUCUGAUUAUGAACUGAAUUACAAGGAGAGCGAAGGUGUUGUCAUGACAGCUGAGGAAAUUAAAGAAAUUGAGAAACAGAUUCAAGAAAAUUUGAGAUUUACCGGCUGUUACAGUGUACUAAAGAAUGCAUCGAAGCGACAUACGAGAAGUGUAAAGGGAGACGACAAAGAAAAGCCUAUCUACCAAUGUGAAAUCUGUGCUAAAGUGGUGAAGAGGAAGGAGAACUUAGAAAGGCACAGAAAACUUCACAAUAUAAUACAUAAAUGUGACAUCUGUAACAAGAUCUUUAAACAGAGAAACCAUUUGGAGACUCACAGACUCAUUAAACAUGAUACUCAAGGAGGUGAACCCAUAACCCCUACAGUACACGAAUGUGAUGAACCUGGUUGUAAGAAGUAUUUCAAUAAACGCUUCAAUCUUCUACGUCAUCAGCUUAUUCAUCGUAAGAAAACAGACGGAGAAAGUCAGGAUGAAUCAAUGGAAGAUGAUGAUAUGUUGAUGGUCUAUGAAUGCCGAAAGUGUUAUGAAGCUUUCAUGUCACUGGAUGAGUUAGAAAUACAUGUGAAUGAAAAUCACUCGGAUGAUACAGAACAAAAUGGCAGCCAUGAUGAUUCAGCAGAAGAGUCAAAGUUAAUUGAAGAUGAGGCUAAUAUAUCUACAGGAGAUGCUGUGCAGAAUGAAGAAGAAGUUGUGCCUGUUGAGAUAGAUAUAAGUACUUUGGAAACUGUUUCAUCUGAAGCCCUGUUAGAUGGAAAUAAUCAGUCAGAAGGGGAGGUCAAUGUACCAUCAUUAGUUGAAGAAGUGCCACAAAAUUUCCAUAUUGGAGGCAGCUCAGGUCAAGAGGUCAUUGAGUUAUCCAGUGGAAACAUUCCAAUUGUAAUGAAUGACAGCCAAGGUCAAGAGGUCAUAAUACAGAUUCCGCAGGAUAUGAACUCUGGUGAGGAGAAUGUUUAUCAAUGUCAGAUAGUUAAAUCUAGUGACGACGGGAGUUCUGAAGGGGUACCAGUUUAUAUCACACAACACAUGGUGACAACAGAUCCUUCAGAGACGGCGCAUUCCACAAUCACCAUGACAACAGUUUCCUCGGAGACAAGUACAGCAGAUUCAAUAACAAUAGAUACAUUGCCAGACACGACAGACAAUGAUAAUAAUGCAGCUAUCGCCAUGGUUGCACUGUCUACAGACAGUAGUCAAUAUAUUGAAGAUGAUCAUUCUUAUAUAUAGUCUUAAUAGUGCUUAAUAUUUGUAUUCAGUUUUCUAUUACACUACAGCUGCAUUUUUCUUUUUUCCUUCUGGCCACUAUUGGAAGCAAAUGCAACUUAUGUCCACUCAGAUUUAAUUUAGACUGUUCCAAUCUAAUUUUUAGUACCAAUUGUAGCAAUUUCAGUUAAAAGUACCCAUAAGUAUUUUGAGGGUGUUGUUUGAAAUUAGAUUUUACUUUAUCAUUUGAGUUAAUUGCUUCCAGUAUCAGUUUAUGCCAACAAAAAUUAUGUCUUCACCCAGUGAACCAUUCUGCUAAUCUGAUUCAAAUAAAAAGCCUGUGUUCACACUUUGCUAUUAAACAAGGCUCUGACAUUACUCUGUUCUACUUUCUGUUCUGGUAACAUCAGCCAAUGAAAUUUCUCCAAACUUUUGAAGUUGUUUGUGUAUCAUUAUAACAAACUUGAGGAUCCCGAAAGGUAUUUAAAACAAAAGGUAGAAUGUAGCAUUGUCAGAUCCCUGUAAGGUAUUUAAAACAAAAGGUAGAAUGUAGCAUUGUCAGAUCCCUGUAAGGUAUUUAAAACAAAAGGUAGAAUGUAGCAUUGUCAGAUCCCUGUAAGGUAUUUAAAACAAAAGGUAGAAUGCAGCAUUGUCAGAUCCCUGUAAGGUAUUUAAAACAAAAGGUAGAAUGUAGCAUUGUCAGAUCCCUGUAAGGUAUUUAAAACAAAAGGUAGAAUGUAGCAUUGUCAGAUCCCUGUAAGGUAUUUAAAACAAAAGGUAGAAUGUAGCAUUGUCAGAUCCCUGUAAGGUAUUUAAAACAAAAGGUAGAAUGUAGCAUUGUCAGAUCCCUGUAAGGUAUUUAAAACAAAAGGUAGAAUGUAGCAUUGUCAGAUCCCUGUAAGGUAUUUAAAACAAAAGGUAGAAUGCAGCAUUGUCAGAUCCCUGUAAGGUAUUUAAAACAAAAGGUAGAAUGUAGCAUUGUCAGAUCCCUGUAAGGUAUUUAAAACAAAAGGUAGAAUGUAGCAUUGUCAGAUCCCUGUAAGGUAUUUAAAACAAAAGGUAGAAUGUAGCAUUGUCAGAUCCCUGUAAGGUAUUUAAAACAAAAGGUAGAAUGUAGCAUUGUCAGAUCCCUGUAAGGUAUUUAAAACAAAAGGUAGAAUGUAGCAUUGUCAGAUCCCUGGGAAGGAUGGCAAUAUGAUCUGUAUAUCUAUCAGUUCGUCAUUCUUCCUUCGUUGAAGCAGCUUCUUAUAGUUUAUAUGUUUCACGUGUUUGCCUGUAUCAUGCAAACAUUACCAUGAUUGUAUAUAAUUUCAUUCCAGACACAAAUUGUAUCAAUUUUUUUGUAUCAUUAGUUAAAAUAGUAAACAUUUAUGAUUCAAGCUACACAAAAAUGUACAUUAGUGUUAAAAAAAGAACUGAAUUUCCUGUAUUACAAAUUUAUUUUUACAUAAGAUACAUUGAGAGAGAUAUUACAUGUAUAAUGUUGAAAGUGCUCACUGGUUACUUCAAAAUGUAAAAAUUGCUCUUGAAUGCAGUUAUGUUAUUGAAGGUAUGACCAGAAAUAAUUUUUUUGGACUAGAAUUAUGUUAACAUAAAUCAGAACCUUUUAAGUAGGGGGGGGGGGGGGGGGGGGGGUGUUGAAUUUUCUAGGAAAAGGGUUGGAAUUAAAUUCAUUCUUCCUGUAUGUUAUAUAUAUUGUAAAUAACAAAUAAGUUUUUAAUGUGGGAAUCGAAUUGGAUGGUUAUACAUUUUUGGUUAAGCAUUUAAGUCUAGAACAUUUCCCUUUGUCAUUUUUGUUUGUAGUCUAUGAAAAUAAAGGUUUUUUGCGAAAUAAAAUCAUUUUUCCUACCAGUCCUACAUUUUGUAACUUCCUUUUCUAUUUUGUUCUGCAAGGAGACAGGAAACAAGAAUAAUUUCUAUUUAGCUGCCAUGAUAUAUCAGGGUUCUCACUUAGGUGAGUCCAUGAAUCCUGGACUCAUGAACAUCUGUUUAGACUCAUCAUUUUCAAAACUGGUGAGUCCAAAGAUGGAUCAAGAUUGUACAUGUAUCAACUGAACACAUAUACCAUCAUAUUAUCACAAAAGUUCAAAAAUAAUCUAAAUUUCAUGUCAUUUCCUUGCUCUAUUUUUGUCAUGGUGACUGAAAUUAUAAACGAUAUGGCACUACAAUUUUAUUUCUCACUGUUGGACACGCCAUUAUCAAAACUGACCAGUCCCUGAACUCGCUUUAAAAAAUCCUUAGUGAGAACCCUGGAUAUAUGAUAUAUCCAAGAGCACUGAAAGUGAUGUUCAAACCAACAAUCAAUCAAUCAAGUGCAGAUUACUUGUCAUACAAUAAACUAUCUGUAUCUUUAGGGGGAGAGUUGUUGAGUAUAUUAUUUUUCAGAUGUAUGAGUCCAGGGUGUAAUUUCACCAUGUUUUAAUGUUUUAUACUUAUUGUCAUUCCAUGGUAAAACAUGUUAAAAGAAAAAUAUUUAAACAAAUACAGCUAUGUUGUAUUUUAAUUCUAGAUUCAGAUUCAACAUUUUAUUCUGUUAACUUGAGAAAUUUUGUUGUAGCAUUUAUUAUUCAGAGGUUUCUUAUUGCUAAUAUUUUAUAGAUUUUUGGGUAGGAGCUAAAGAUAAAACAUUAAAAUAAGUGAAAUUUUCCUUAAAACAUGUUUUUUUGUCCCCAUUAAAAAAUUACUUGGAAUGAAGGUUUUUUUUUCACCUCAAACAAUUUUCUUUAAACAGAAAAACUGUUACCAGUGGUGGAUCCAGAAAUUUUCAUAAGGGGGGCCCACUGACUGCCAUAAGAGGGGACCUGCUUAGUCAUGCUUCAGUGAUUCCCUAAAUAAUCAACAAAAUUUUCCUUCAAAAAGGGGGGGGGUAGGUCUGGGCACCCUGGGCCCCCCUAAAUCCACCUCUGGUUACCUAUGAAUAGAAAUAAUUAGAGAAGAAAUUUGUUAACUCCUGUUUACUUUUAAAUUCAUCAGAAAUUACAUGUUGAUAUUAGGAUUUUUUUCAUUGAAUACAUUAGGACUGUUCAGUGUUAACACUUGAGGGAAGAAAGUUUUACAGGUUUCCACUUAUCAAAUCAUUCCUGAUGAAAAAUUUGAAUGAGAAAAUGAAAUGGCUGUAGACAACCAGUUUUGAUUAUCUGAAGCUGCUCAGAAAACUUUGAUAUUUUUUUCUUCAGAAUAGGGAGAUUUAACCUUUAAUGAAAAGAGACUACUCUGCAUGAGUAUUUAGAAACUUGGGAACUCUUCACAUAGAUCAAAACAUACAUUUGCCAUUGGUGCAAUAUGAUGAGAUUUAAUUAAAAUUUUGAUACAUGGAUCCUCAGAAGAUAUUGAAGAGUUACUUCCCAUAGCAUCUUACAUUGAUUGUAAGUCUUACUUGAAUUGAUAAUUGUAUUUAUUUAGUUAAGUUAUAAACAAACUACUAUUGUUAUUGGAAUAAAUUUAACUAUUGGUAUAA